AUGUGGAAACAUAAUCAACCGCACACGUGCCGCUCUAAUUGCAUUAGUCCCCCCGGCAAUCACACCAGCAACACAAUUGGUGCUGCCGCACAUUUUGUAUUCUCCAGUCUGCGGUUCGCCCAAGGAUGUGGCCCCAUGCCGCCUGGAGCCAAGGCAGUGGGGCAUCCAAAACGAGUACAAUCUGCACCGAAAGUAGGCAGAAUAGAGGUUGAGACUACGCGGGGCCCAUUGCUGUUGUACGUGCCCUUAUCAUUUCAGUCGAAUGUCAAGACCUGCAUCCGAAAAGCUGUGAUUCCCUUUCCCCCCCCGCGAUAUCCACCAGACAGGGUCGUUUGGCGCCCCGUUCGAGGAAGCUGGGGAUUCUGA